AUGUCAUCUCCAUUCCGCAUCGUCGAGCACAUCGUGCCAGCUCAGCACAUCAGGGAAUACCCCGGAGCCACAGCAAACGACCAAGAAGAGGCUUUGAAUCUAGCCGUGAAACAGUACAUUCCCCUGGACAACCCCAAUCCCCAACCGGGAGAUGUUACAAUUCUCGCUGCCCAUGCAAAUGGCUUCCCAAAGGAACUAUACGAGCCGCUUUGGGAGGAAAUAUAUGCUCGAUCUAAGCAGAAUGGAAUCCGCAUUCGAGGUAUCUGGAUGGCCGACGUGGCGCAUCAGGGCCAGAGCAGCGUGAUCAAUGAAGAUAGCCUUGGGAAUGAUCCUAGCUGGUUCGAUCACCCCCGAGACCUCCUCCACCUGGUCAACGUCAAGCGAGCUGAAAUGCCCCGACCAAUUGUCGGUAUCGGACAUAGCAUGGGAGGUGCUCAUCUCACACAACUAUGUCUAAUGCACCCACGCCUAAUCCACACCCUCGUCCUCCUCGACCCCGUAAUCCAACGACAAACAACCCAACUCGACGGCCCAAGCCUCGAACACAACAAGCGCGAAAUCGCCAAAACAACCCAACUAUCCACCCACCGCCGCGACAUCUGGCCCUCCCGCCAAGACGCCGCAGAAGGCUUCCGUCGCAGCCCCUUCUACCAAGCCUGGGAUCCACGAGUCCUCUCCCGCUGGAUCGAGCACGGUCUCCGCGAUCUACCAACAGCCAUCCACCCUCUGCCCCAACACCCAACCAAGGCCGUCACCAACACCACCAAGGACCCACCAGUAACACUCCGCACCACUCUGCACCAAGAAGUCUUCACCUUCUCCCGACCCAAUUACAUUCACACAAACAACACGGAUGUGAAUCGCCGGACCCAUCCAGACCUAGACGCCGCACACCCACACAACCACCCCUUCUACCGCCCCGAACCAGCACGUAUCUUCUCGCAACUUCCGUUCCUGCGUCCGAGUGUGCUGUAUAUCUUUGCUGGCAAGUCGGAUAUGUGUUUGCCGGACAUGCGGGCUGAUAAGCUGGCUAAUACGGGUGUUGGGCUGGGUGGGAGUGGGGGUGUGGCGAAGGGGAGGGUGAGGGAUGUUAUGCUUGAGGACUUUGGACAUUUGCUUGCUCAAGAGGCUGUGAAUGAGUGUGCUGAGGCGGCGGUGGCGUGGAUUACGCCCGAGAUUAGGAGGUGGAGGGAUGAGGAGGAGAGUUUCUGGAAGGAGUGGAAUGGGAAGGGGAAGGUUGAGAAGAUGACUGUUGAUCAAGAGUGGUUGGAGCAUGUUCCUGCGCCGGCGCGGAGGCCGAAGAAUGGGGAGGCGAAGUUGUAG